AUGGAUAAUCAGCAAUUGGCCAGCUUGCGAGCUGCAAUUCAUGGCCUCAAUGAUGCAGAUCCACAGAUUAGAGAGAAAAAUCUAAACACAUGUCGAGAUUUUCAAAGACCUCUAAAAUUCGAUUUUGCAACUUUUUUAACUCUCACGGACCCUUCAUCAAAUAUCAAUGAGCGAAUAUUUGGUUUCACAACCAUCACAUAUCUAAUAAAAGAUAGACUCAAUGAGAUGUCAAUUCCGCUGAAAAUUAAUUUAGCUUCAGCUUUUCCAUUUGAAAAAGAAAAAGACCUAGAAUCAGAUACCAUAUUGCCUACAGUAUCUCGUGCCGCCGCUUCUUAUCUCGCUUACGUGGCAACAAAUGAAAUUAUUCAAAAUUUCUUUAGCACAUACAUAGACAAGAAUCCUCAGUUUGUAUUACAUGUGUUUUCCGAAAUGGUAUCAUUUAUAUUCUCAAGGGAAUUUCCAAGAUCAAGAUACGAAGUUUUUCGAUUUUUUAACGAUGUUCAAAUCCCAAAUCUUAUAUACAAGCUGUUAUUUGAGCCACUAAGGAAGGCACAAAUAGGAACACCCGAAUUUAACAUGGAUUUAUACUUGCUCGCACAAAUUCAUCAAAAUGCUCCACCAGUCAUCGAAAAGAAUUUAGCAAAUGAAGAUAUUGUUCAAGUAUACUACGAAUUGAUACCUCUUCUAUGGAAAUAUAUUGAUAAUUCAAUUGUCCCAAUAUUUGAGACUUUAUUAGAAAAUGAGCAAUGUCCACCAUCAUUUAUCACUCGCUUAUUAGAAACCAUGCCAUCUUUUAUUAAUAAUUUCAUUGGUUUAUUUGUUUUUGACAAAAAUACAGAUUCCGAAAAUUUCAACGCUUUACUACAAUCAUUUCAUAUUCGUUUACGACUAAUACCUACUCUCAUGCAGAAAGUUAAUCCGAAAGACCUUUCUGACCUCUUAUUAAUUUGUGCCGACAUAUUAGAGUCAAUUUCUCCCUCAGUUCUGUUAGAAACUUGCACGUUCCUAUGUAAUAUAUUCAAAUCAUCGCAGAUCUGCUCUUCAAAAGACUUUUUGAGGAAUUGUAAAGACGAAAGAUUGAAAAUUUUUGAUGUUUGCAUGGCGCAACUCAUUCAUCCAAUGGACAAAUUACCUGGCGCGCGAUUCGAUGACUCCUGGACCUCUCAGCAACUCACGCAACAGUUAAAUGAGGUAAUUAAGUGCAUAACAGAGAAUUAUGACUUCGACGAUAUAAUUCCGAUACUUUUCAGAGCCAUAACCAGCGACAAAAGUCACAUCCGAGCGUUUACUGUCAUGUUAAAAACAGUUACUUUUCUUUUUGUCACAGAGAAGACAAUUUCGAAGCAGAUUGGCCAAUUAUGCGUAAAGAUAACAAUAGACCUCCUUUCGUCGCUAAAUUAUUACGAAUCUAAAGUUCAAUCCAAAAUUUGCCAAUUUUUAAGUAAAAUUAUUCCGUUCAUGGUUUUUACGGAAUACAAAGAAGACGACUUCUUCCAGGAAUUAAUUGACUUAUUAAUUGAAGCGAAACCAGUUUGUUUAGAAAAUUUCUCUCAAUACGUGAUGUUAUUUACAGAUCGGUUCAAAAAUAUCACACUCCCGUUAGAGAAAUUGCAAAGUAUACCCGCAAAACACCCAGUUUACCUUCCUGCCAACAAAAUUAUUGCAAAAUUUGUCGACCAAACUCCGAAUUCCGCCGAUACGACCAUUGAAAAAGCAAUAGCCGAGCUGGAAUGGGUAACUACUUUAUUCGAUCCUCACGAUCCGCAGCAUCUGAAGCGAUUAUCUUCAGAAGUCAACAGAUCCCUUUCUAUUAUUGCCAGUUUGAACGUCAGCGAGUGCGGUGUAGAUGUUAAGAAGCUUUGUUCUUUACUCGUAGAGUGUUCGAAUUGUUUAGUUCGCGUAUCAGAUAAUAAUAAUAAGGAAGCGAUCGUUGGCCAAGCAAUUGGGGCCGUAACCCAACUUGCAGCCAGUCUGAAUCACAUGUUGAAACUUGUUCCUCUGUCAUUAGUCAAUGCCCUGAAAGAUUUGAGAAGUCCGACCGUUUACAAAACAUGUUCUGUUGUUUGGCUGAAAAAAAUCGGUGUUCCACUAUUGACAGGCUUAUACAGUGUUAACAGUGAGAUAGUCAGUAACACUGCGAGCGAAGUCUGUUCCUAUUUCCAGGAGAUGUUUGUCGUCAUGGAUUUGAGUCCGAACGGACAAACAGUGAAAAAGAAAGUUGCGAUGAUGCUUUGCGAGUUGUGUGAGAUGAUAUCAAAUAAACAGGCAACACAAGUGUUGAGAUGUUGUCUGCUUAUUAAUGAUUUGGGUGUUUUCUCGAGUGUUGUUGCGGCAAUUUCUAAAAAGGAUUUCGAAGUUUUGCUCGAUUUGUGGACAGCACUUUUGAUGAAGAAAGAUCAGCCUUCUUAUGAAAAGAUCGCAGAGAUAUUGUAUAAGUUCUUGACUAUUUCUGGUGAAAUGAAUGUGUCGAUUUUCUCUACUUUGCCUGGAGUGUCGAAAGAGGCUUUUGAACAACUGAAAUUGCGAAUAAGCCAGUCAUCUUCAGCAAAGAGUAGAAGAAGAAUAUUUAGAACUUUCAUCCAAAGUGUAAAUACAUAG